GAACGACAGUCGUGGCGACCUCCGCGAACGUAACAAAACUGCGGCAGUGAAAAGUGUGAUACUCAACAAACUAUGAAGAAUCUUUCGGUGGUGACCCUCGCGGGUCUCCUGCUGGUGGCCUCGGUCAGUGCCGCGGACUACAAGCUGGAGUUCUACGAGGCGCCCGUAACGGCAACGCUCAACAGUGCCACUCGGGUGCUCACGGUGGCGAAUGACGGGAAAGUAGUGCAGACGAUCACGCUGGGACGGGAUUUGGGGACGUCCCAGGAGAUGGAGGAGAUUGCCAAUGGGUUCAAGUUGAAAAGUAUUGAUGGUGAAGAGUUUGAAAUUACGAAGGAUGUGGACGAGAGCGAUUUCUCGUUGUUUACCGUUGCGAGGAAGUCCCGGCACAGGUCGCGGAUGGUGGUGGACUGUGUGAAGAUUGCUGGCGCGGAUUGGUACGGGGGACCUCAGCAAAAGUAUCAGUACUGGCCGAUUCAGAAGUUGCGGUUCAACGAGUAUUCGUAUUUGAGCAAGGAGGCGGAUAACUGUGCGGUGGGUGAUCGGUAUUGGCUGAACUCGUUGGGAUCUUUUGUGUUUGUGGAUAGAACUGCACCGCUGUUUGUCGAUCAGAACUACGGAGAGCCGGGUUAUAUGUGCUUGGAGGCGAAGAAGACGCUGCCGUAUGACGUUUAUGAUGCGACGUAUUCGUUCGUGUACCAGGUUGGUGUUGCAAAGGAUGCCAAGGCGGCACAUUUGAAGGCUGUGGGUCACAUCCUCGGGAAACCUACGGGACAUCCGGCGGAAUCGAUGGUUAAGUAUCCCAUUUGGUCAACCUGGGCAAGGUACAAGAGGGAGAUUGACCAUGAUUUGGUGCUGAAAUUCGCGGAUGAAAUCAUCAGCCAUGGUUGGGUGGACACGCAGUUUGAGCUGGACGACAACUGGGAAACUUGUUAUGGAUCGUUGACCUUCAAUACGACUCAGUUCCCGGAUAUCCGAGCUACUAUCGCAGCUAUCAAAGCGAAAGGAUUUCCGAGGGUUACCAUCUGGAUUCAUCCGUUCAUCAACAAGGGCUGCGAACCGAUAUACUCGGAAGCGAAGCGGAUGGGAUAUCUGGUAGCGGAUCAUACCGGCAAUACGGACACUCAGUGGUGGAACAGUGAACGCGGUCAGGCAGCGUACGUGGACUUUACGAAGCCCGAGGUAGCGCAGUGGUUCAAGAACCGAUUGGCGAAUGUGUUGGCUGUGAGUGGGAUCGACAGCUUCAAGUUUGACGCCGGUGAAGCUAGCUGGUCUCCCCCGGAUGCACUACUGAGCGGUGAACGCAAAGACAACCCAAACAAUAUCGUGUACGACUACCUCCGGACGGUAGCCUCAACCGGCGGAGACCUGGUUGAAGUGCGUACCGCUCACGAUACCCAAGACCUACCCGUAUUCGUCCGCAUGAUCGACAAAGACUCCGAAUGGGACUGGAACAACGGCCUGCCGACGCUGAUCACCACGCUGCUGCAGAUGAACAUGGUCGGCUAUCCGCUGGUCCUGCCCGAUAUGGUCGGUGGAAACGGUUACAACGGAGCUCCGAGCAAGGAGAUGUUCAUUCGCUGGCUUCAGGCGAACGUGUUCAUGCCCAGCAUCCAGUUCUCGUACGUCCCGUGGGACUACGACGCCGAAACGGUUACGAUCGCCAAGGCCAUGACCACGCUGCACGAGAAGUACACUCCGCAGAUCAUGGCCCGCUUCAAGAUGGCCGUAUCUGACGGCCUGCCGGUCAAUCCACCCCUCUGGUGGAUCUCCCCUGACGACACCAUUGCCCAGAAGGUCUUCGAUCAAUUCCUCCUCGGCGAUGACAUCAUUGCGGCGCCGGUCAUUCGGGAGAACGCUCGCUCGCGGGAUAUCUACCUGCCGGCGGGGACGUGGAUCGACGGCAACAGUAACGCGGAACAUACCGGCCCCAAGUGGAUCCGCAAUUACAGCGUCCCGCUGAGCAUGCUGCCGUACUUUGUGCGGAAAGCCGCCUAGUCCGUGAGCGUUCUGAAACUUGAGCAAAUAUAUACUUGCGGGAGCUGAAA